CUAUCAAUGGUGCGCCUUUAGUUUCUUUGUGAUAUUUUUAUUCUAUUUUACAAUAAAUCAAGAUGCUGGAUUAACUUCAAUGAGAAUGGUUGGCAAAAAACUUAGUUUGAAUUUAGUUAACCAAACGAAUGAAAGUGAAUACGUAGACGAUGAUGGGGAUUUGCUAACAGAGGAUGUUGGGGAGGUGGAGGAGUCGGAGGAGCAGGAGGUGACAAAGGUUAGGACACUACCACUUUAUUAUGUGGAUAGUUCAAAGUGUAAGAUUCCAUAUGUGGAUCCCUUUGGCCCCGACACAUUGGCCGUCUACACACCUAUGAAAUUUGAGACAUGCUCCAAUGAGACGGCUUUGGUUACACCAAUUUUUAAUCACAACAUGAAACGAUAUGUGCUGCACAUCAAUGAGACCUUGGCAACAAUCUUACUCAACUCCAGUGACAUUGAUUACAAUUGUUACUAUCUGGAGAUAGUGCGCGAUCAGGCACAUGACAGCUACAAUAGCUUGAAUCGGAAGUACUUUUCCCAGGGCUUUGUGGUGCCACAUCAUGUUCAGGGAUUGGUAGUAACGUGCCAUAAAUUCGACAAUGACUCAUUUGUCCUGCAACAUGAUGGCUAUUCGGUUAUUCAGUAUGUGCCACCACCUCCAGGUAUCUCGAAUCUGCCUGGAAAACGCAAACCGAGUGUUAUAAUGUUCGGAAUCGAUAGUUUGUCUAGAAUAAAUAUCAGGCGAACUAUGCCCAAGACGUACAAUUACCUCACUGGCAGUGGCUGGUACGAAAUGCAAGGAUACAAUAAGAUAGGUGACAAUACGUUUCCCAAUUUGAUGGCCAUUCUCACUGGUUACACACCGAAAACAGCUAAAGAGCUAAUCUGUGAUUGGGACAAGGACGGCUGCUUGGAUCGUAUUCCUUUCAUUUGGCAUUAUAUGAAAAAUGCCAGCUAUUUGACGGCCAUGGGCGAGGAUGAGUCAGGCAUGGCCACAUUCAACUAUUGUAAGCCAGGAUUCGUGCAACAACCAACUGACUAUUAUGCCAGACCACAGCACAAAGCAUUCGAACAUUUUCUUGAUAAAUGGAAGUGCGCGGAAUGCGAGAUGACUUAUUGUAUUGGCCGUCGUAUUACCAGUAGUUAUAUUUAUGAUUUUGGCAGAGAUUUCGUCAACCGUUAUGUGGAUGAACGUCCCAUUUUUGGUCUCUUUUGGUCGAAUAGUUUCAGUCACAAUGACUAUAGAAUGACCUCCAAAAUGGAUGACUAUAUCUUGCAAUAUAUGUUGGACUUCGAAACGGAUGGAGUAUUCGAGCAGAGUAUAAUGAUAUUUCUCUCCGAUCAUGGGUCACGCUAUGGCAAAAUAUUAGGCUUUGAGAGUGGAUUUCUAGAGGAACGCUUGCCGGCAAUGUUCAUCUAUUUGCCGCCGUGGUUUCGAGCUCAUUAUCCAGAAUUCACCAAGGCAUUGCAACUCAAUCAGAAUCGCUUGACGUCCAAUUUCGAUUUACACAACACCUUGAAGCACAUUAUUGAAUUGGGCGGAACUCCCGAUGGUCCUGCCUUACCCAGAUCCAACGACUGCCCCAAAUGUCAUUCGCUUUUCUAUACCCACGAUCCGGAGAGGACGUGUGACGAUGCUGGGAUACCGGAACACUUUUGCACCUGUGUACCUUACAAAAGAUUAAAAGGCAAAUGGGCUAGCCGCAUAGCACCAAAAGUUAUCGAUCGCAUAAAUGAAUAUUUGGAGAGAAGGAAUCUGAGUGAAAUUUGCAGUACACUAACUUUAAGUUAUAUCCACAGGACGGAAAUAAAAAUCGAGUUGGAAGAAAAUUUCCACGACGAGAUGUCUACCAAGGAUGUAGCAAUAUAUCGCACUAAGUUCAAGGUGCGACCAAAUGGAGCCGAUUUCUAUGCCACCGUGACAUUUAACAAUGUCACCGAAAACGUUGAUGUCGAUGUGGAGACAAUAAGUCGAACAACGUCCUAUGAAAGGGAUGCGACUUGUGUCAGUGAUAAAAUGGCAAAAUUAUAUUGCAUAUGUAAAAGUAAUGUCAGAGAUUAGUCUUAGCUUUACAAUAUGUUUUAAAUAGAAUCCAAUUGUAAAUUAA